AUGGAAAAUAUUGACUCGGUUACAACAGCGAAGGACUUUGGCGCUGCUGCGUUUCAGAUCCGCAUGGAAAGUCGGCGCUAUGUUUUACGUGCUGCGUCGAAAGACAUGAUGCACGAAUGGCUCUUUAAUUUUCAGAAAUCAAUUGCAAGUAUAGUGUCGGCUCUGUCGCGAACGCAGGCGGAAUGUCGACCGAAUCGACCUUGUAAUAGUCUGUCUCGAAGACAAAGCAUGUCCCGCGUAAAUCGAAGUGUAUCAUUCGACCACCAGGACUACAUGGACCAAUUUCCAAUUGCAGCCUCCGUCGAUGAUUUUUAUCGUGGCCGCGCAAGUGGUGCAUUCUUUGCGUCAACGAGCUUUUCAGACGAUUCGACUGGUGGCGAUGGUUCCUUGUCGUCUCGAGCUAGUCCUCGGCGAGUGACUAGUCCAUUGGCAUAUGGUGGGCUUGGACCGCGAAGUCCAUUAAUGUUUGCUCUGGAUCCGAUGGAUGACGUACCCGAGCACCAAACGCCCCCAAUACGGCGAAGCUCGAUCGUCGAAUUGGAAGAAGAGAGCUUCAAUCACGAAGACGGAGACGAUAAAGUUGCAGAAACAACGUCUGAACCGAGCCGGCUUCACAAUCAUCUCUGCCGGUUUAUUUGUCUUCCCCCACCGGAGCCAGCACCGGCUCCAACUGCUGGUCGUUGGGUGCCCCGUCACCAAAGAGAAGGCUUUGCUGAGAUGCAGCCUAUUGAGUCAUUCUCUAUCAAGCCAAAAGACACUUUUCAUGAAAAUUUCAUCGAAGACAGCUCAAGCUAUUCUACCGGUGAUGAAGUUCACGGGGUUACGUCGCUGUUAGGGGUGCGGUCUGCAAUGGAGGAUGUUUGUUGUUGCAUUCCAGACCUUAACGCACAGUUGAAGUCCGACCAACCUCAUCAGCAAAAGCAGUCGUUUUACGCUGUAUUUGAUGGCCACAGUGGCGUAAGGGCUGCGACAUUUUCUAACCAACGACUCGUGCCUUAUUUGACUUCACAUGAAGCCUUUAAUGUCGACACCCGUCUAGCCUUUGAGGAAUGCUUUGCGCAAAUUGACAAGGAGUUUUUACAAAAGGCUGAAGAGGAGAGUUUGGAUGACGGCACCACCGCAGCGGUGGUAUUGAUUCGGGGAAAUCGCCUUAUUACUGCGAACAUAGGAGACAGCAGAGCGGUUGUGAGCAUUGGUGGUCAAGCACUGGAUAUUAUUGAAGAGCAGACACCUGGACGUGCAGAUGAGCGGAAGAGGAUCGAAAAUCAAGGAGGUUGGGUGAAUGAAGAGCGUGAGCUGCAGUUGUCCAAGCUACAUUCGAUGGAUCUAAGUGACCCAGAAAUUCAACAGAAAGCCGAACGAGUAGUGAAAUGGGUAACAAUCUACCGAGUAAACGGCGAGCUUGCUGUCUCUCGCGCCAUUGGUGAUAAUGACUAUAAGGGUAAAGCAUUAUCAAAAUACGAGUAUUGGGCGUUUCCUGAGGGACACGACCGCGUAUUUCAUGGUGAUUUGGUCAUAUCAAUUCCCGAGUGUCAGGAAAUCGAAAUUACACCCGAAUUUGACUUUCUCAUUCUUGCGUGUGACGGGCUGUGGGACACAAUCAGGAGCAAGGAGGCUGUAAAAUUUGUCGCCGACAGGCUGAACGAAGGUUACUCGGCCACGCAAGCGAGCCAUUCCCUGGCAAACUUGGCGAUCCGGUCAGGCUCGUCCGACAAUGUUUCUGUCGUUAUUGUACUGCUUAACACCGAGCAAACGCCCAGCUCAAUAGAUGCAUCUUCAACGCAGUAA